AUGCCACCCGCAAGUCCCAGCCAUAGUAGCACGGCGGAUGACGAAUCUCUCUAUGGCCUGCCGGAAAUUCCACCGAUUUCGAGGAUUUGGGGGAAAUACGGGUUCGCAGUCGAGGUCAUUCAACAACCUAAACGUGCUCGCAUGUGUGGGUUUGGUGACAAGGAUCGACGUCCUAUCACACCGCCUCUUAUUGUCAAACUCCAUAUCUUUGAUCCAGAGACCCAUCAAGAGAUCGAUUAUGGGAAAGUCGUAGACCUGUCAAAGUUUAUCCUCGGCGUUGAUUUGUGGGAUGUGCAUGGUAAACACGAAGACAACUGUGUCAGAAACAACACAACAUCUCCCUCUAUAUCGUCGACCGUCACGACUCCCUAUCCUCCAGCAACCACCGGUGGUUUGCGCUCGACGCAGCAACUUCGCCCAUACGACGUUACCAAUCUUCCCAGUUGGCGUGGAGCCAGAGAUUCCGUCUCCUCAUCCACACAAUCGAGCGUGCCAACGUCGGCCUCUUCUACCUACAACAAUGAUUCCUAUGAACAACGCAAUCCUUCAUAUCCGUACAGCAACGAGGUGCAUUACAAUGGUCACCAUCAGAAUGGCUACGACAAUUCCUUGCACCGAACAUCCCCUCAUGAGCCAAUCCCUUCGCCAGCUCCGCCGCUGCGGUCCGCUCGAUCCUCGCAAGAUCUGGGACCCCUAAAUCCAGUCAGAGGUGAACCAUCCAAGAACCUCAUUGGUCAAUGCCAUACGAGUGUCCAAAGGCUGGACGACGAGAAAAAGGCGGUAGGACUUUACUUCAUCUUCCAGGACCUGAGUGUGCGGACCGAGGGCUGGUUUCGACUGAAGUGUACCUUGUUCUGCUUGGCAAAGCUCGUCAUGGACGAUGAUGACGAAAGCGACGCUGCUUCGAACGAGCUUUAUCGGGAAGCGCCCUGUCUGGCCUCGACAUUCACACUACCGUUCAAAGUCUUCAGCGCGAAAAAGUUCCCCGGCGUGGUCGAAACCACACAUCUAAGUCGAAUAUUUGCGGACCAGGGGAUCAAGAUACCCAUUCGCAGAGAUGGGCAGAAAGGAAAGAAAAGGAGUGAAGACGAUGGCGACGGCGCUAACGGGGAUGUCGAAUAUGAAGGAGAAGAUGGUUCGGAAGAGCUGGUCUAG